AUGCCAUCCUAUGGUCUGACCAAGCGUGGUACACGGUUUUUCUUCCUCGCCGUGAUAUUAUGUUUUGUGCUCCCUGGAAUACUUUACCACCGUGAAGUACGAAAUUAUUUUACCGACCACCUACCGCCUUUAUACGAGGACUAUCGAGCCCGGGAGCAAAAAUUGGAGCAUUACAAGGAGUACGAAACGAGGAACGAUGUGAAAUAUCUCUGGUCAGCAAAUCAUGCACAUAGUUCAGGAUGGGGGAAUGUUAUGCAAGACUAUGUCAUGAAUGGACUACUUGCACAUAGCACAGGACGCUCUUUUGUCUUUGAUGACUACAUCUGGAAUCCAGAUGGUUCGCUCUUUACGGAUUAUAAUGGUGUCAUGGUGGGUGGUCAAAUGCCCCCUGGCGAUACCACUCCUCGUGCGGUGUCCAAGACUUUCUUCAACAAAGUUUGCCCCAAUCCGACACUCCUUCAGGUGGCGGAUGUGAACGAUGAUCGCAUGCGAUUCGACGAAGACGUGCCAGCUUCCUAUAUAUUCGAAAAGUGGCUCGAAAAAAUUAACUCGAUCGAGGACCCGUGUGUAGAAAUUGAGUCAAAUAAUAAUGCAAUCUUUGAGUACUGGAUAUUUGGACACAAGAGGAUGCUGUCCAUAUGGGAAUACCUCAAGAAUUCCCCAGUAUCGACGCACUGGGGGUGGUCGCCUUUAAUACAAGAUGCAUACAAACGAAAUCGCCGCAUAUUUGUGCCGAAUGCGAGAUCUUCUAUUUUUGAAGGGCUCACUGGUUCGGCUGCUGCGGAAAACUACUCAAACCCGAUACCUGGUCUCCUAGCGCUGCACGUGCGAAGGGGUGACUUCCAGGACCACUGUGUCCACCUGGGCAAAUGGUCGUCAAAUUGGAAUGCGUUCAAUCAGUUCCCCGAGUUCUCUGACAAGUUCGAUAGGCCUACUGAUGGCGGAUGGGGCGAGACAUCGGAGAAGAACAUGGAGAUGUAUAUGCAGCGGUGCUUCCCCACAAUCGAACAAAUCGUCCAGAAAGUCACACAAGUGCGCGUCGAAUCGGAAAAGCCGCUGACGCAUAUCUAUAUCAUGACCAAUGGCGCUACCGAUUGGGUUCAGGAGCUGAAGGAGGCCUUGGAGAGCUCUGGGACUUGGGACCAGAUUAAGAGCAGCCGCGAUCUCGAUAUAACAUGGGAACAGAAAUUUGUGGUGCAGGCGUUGGAUAUGUUUGUGGCUCAAAGAUCUGAAGUGUUGAUCGGAAAUGGGUGGUCGAGUCUGACCUCGAACGUUGUGAUGCUGCGUAUGGCACGGGGUUUACUCCCGGACAGUAACAGAUUCUGGUAA